AUGUUCUGGACGAGCAGCAGGAAGAACCAGCGCCGGGCGGAGUGGGCGCGGGGGAAGCUGAGCAGAGCCCAACCCAGCGAGAACUGGGACGACGACUUCCUCUUCGGCUCCCUCGCACCCUCCGCAGAGUCACUCCCACUCCCACACACCACCACCCCCACCCCCACCCAGAAACCACCAGGCUCGCAGCCCCCCAGGAAACAGCACCAGCCCAAGAACACCUUCAGCACCUCCCGCUCAUCCCCCGCACGCAACAGACCCCCACUCCCACUCCCACCCGCAUCCGCACCACCGACCCGCGGACAGUCAGCAGACGGACUGCCCAAAUCACGCCCCACGCCCGCCCAGCAGUCCUCCUCAGCCGGAUUCGGGAGCCCCUCCUCGAGCCUGUCGAUGACCGACGACAGCCGCGCCGACUGGAGCCUCUCCAGCGGAGACCACAGCGCACGCUCCAGGGCUCCAGAGACCAGCUUCAACACCGAAACCGAACUCACCGAGCCAGACAUCGACCUGGACUGGCCACCCCCAGAACAGCAGCAGCAGCAGCAGCAGCAGCAACACUACAAGCGAGCGCACAUCCUACCCCACAUCAGCAACAGCCACGCUCACAGUCACAACAACAGCAACAACAACAACAUCAACAGCAGCAUCAACAACAUCAUCAAUCGCUCAUCCAGCUCAUCCUCAUCCUCAAACUUCGCAAACCAGUACCAACCCCGCAGGCAAUCCACAGCCACCACCUCCUCCUCCUCCUCCAUCCAACCCUCGAAAUCCAAAAAAACAUUCCUCAACAACAACAACAACAACAACAACCCAUCCAUCCUCAGCCCCUCAGCCACCUCCUCAACAUCCUCGAUCGGCUACUACAAGUCCAACUGCUCAGACCUCUCCCUCAACUCCCCCACCGCCGUCUACUCUCACCCCAGCCUAGCCGACCCGCGCCAUCCCAGGCAGCCGCCCAUCAGAGCCUCAUCCUGCAGCUCCACCUGCUCCGUCAAUCUGGGCUACGAGCACAGCGGCUCCGAGUCAUACGACCCUGCCACCUCGGGCACCGAGACCGACGGGAUCUCCGACCAGUUCACGCCCGACAACGAGCUCUACUCAACCCCAUCCUCCUCCGACCCCACCCGGAACACGCCCACCGUCUCCCAGAGAUCCCGCAAACAAGCACUCUAUACACGGCCCCCCUACGUCAGCCCCUCUCCAGGCUCGUCCCUCUCCGGCUCAAUCAGCACAUCCACCCUCAACGCCUCCGAGGCCAGUCUCGAUUCGCGCAUCGCCGGAUUAUCCCUCAACACGACGACCACCGCGACGGGUGCACAGUCCCUUCUUGCUGCUUCCGAGGAUGAGAGAUCCACCUCGGCCAAGAACCCGAGCCGGAGGAGGUUCCGGAAAAAACGCCCGUCCACCCUGCUCCUCAACAAAGCCGCCGGCUCCUCCAACGGAGCCCCCGACCGCUCCCCCACCUCGGCCCUAUCCCAUCGAGCCAGUACCGUACUAGCCUCCAUCUGUCCUCAGCCUGGGGAUCUCGCAUUUGCUGCCGACUCCGACGAUGAGGAACGCCGCCAGAGCAGGUCCAACAACAUCAUCCAUCAUCGCCAGCCCCACCCGGCCGAGCCGCGCAAGAGGACCGAGCCCCCACCCCCCUCUCGCACCCCGCCGCGCGUCCCGCUAUCCGGAUAUCGCGCCCUCAACACCCGAAGUCGAUCCACUAUCAAUCGUCCCCACACCUCCAUGCAAGUCCGGAACGAAAACAAGCAGUGUCUGUCGCCGCCUGAUACCACCUCGGACGAGGGCUCGGCCAAGAUCUUCAAACCCAAACGCCCCCUGUCCUUCACCACCCUGUUCUCUCGUGGCUCGGCAAACGGUGCAUGCCCUCCACCACCCAACCCUCCACCUAUCAAAACGACUAAUCCGAACCAGCUCUCUAGAAGCUGCUUUGGCCAUCGAUACAGUACUUCUAUCGACUCCACUGCUCACCGCUUAGGAACAUCCCCCAACUCACACACUUCUAACGACAGCAUUCUUUCACGCGUCAGGCGCCUCUCUUCCCGACCGGCCCCUUCAACCAAAAACUCUUCUCCCGCCAGUCCUACGCGCAAGCGAUUCUCGCUAGCGGGCGACACCUCGAGCAGGCGCUCUCUCCAAACCAGCUCUUCGGUCUCAUCAGGCAAGGUCAUGAUGGCAACACCCCUCAAAGCCUUCAGAGCCGCCAACGACAAGUUUUCAACUGCACUCAAAUACAACAGGAGGCAAACCAGUCAGAGCGACAGUUUCGUCAGCGACGUCACCCUCACCGCCCUCGACACUCACGGUACCGUCCGCGCCCGUCGUCCCUCCUCCCGCGCCUCCUGCUCCAACUCGAGCGUCCUCAGCAGCACCCAACCUAGUCUGACGCGCAAAUUCUCAAUGCGCAAGAGCAACAAGAGCAGCAUCAACGAGCCCGACCUCUGCCAUUCGCCCACCGACAGCCACAUCGACCAUGAUCUGGCCUCAUCCUCUUCUCAAUCCCGCUUUCCCUCCCGCAGGACCCUGUCCUCCAAGCCCCCGAAGAGCAACCCUGCCCUGCGCGCCCGAGCCGAAGCCAACGCCCAGCUGCAUGGCUACCAGUUCCAACAACCCGACUACGCUCCCGUAUCCUCCUCGCACGCCCACCCAGCGCCUCCAGGCUCCCAAUCCCCGCCCACCGACUCCCUCGACCUCAGCCCGACCUCGUCCGCGUGGGGCGCGCGAUAUCCUUACAACACGCGCGUGCUUUCGAAUCACAUGGUGCCUUACUCGGAGCCCCUGCCCACUCCCUUUUCGGACGGCGAACACGAUCUCUCCAAUCAUCUCGUCCAUAUCAGCAACUUGCCGAACCCUACUAACCUAACACGCAGUAAUAGUAUGGGUGAGCUGCGCAUUCCUUCGAGGAUCACGUCCCAGCAGGGGCGCCUCCAAACCGAACUCAAUCAGGUCAAGGAAUUCGCCAGGGGAAUCGAGGAGUUGAAAUCGAUGCGACGGACGUAUCGGAAGAUGCUCCGUGCGACACACCGUCCACAGAGCUUUUCGAAUGCGGACGAGACAGAUAGUGAUUCAGAUUUGCAUCAGGAGCCGGACCUCCCCGCGAAACAGGAAGACUCGGCCUCGGGCUCGGCUGGUCAACAAGUGAGUCCCGGGGCGCUGGACCGCGUGUACAGUGUGAUCCAGAAGAUCCAGGAAGAGUAUAAAGAGUGGUGGACGUGCUGUAAUGUGCUCAUCGAUCUCGGCGAAGGCUCGACGGACCCUCGCACUAAGUUCACAUCUGACCGCGUCCGGGCAAUCACCGCGUACUCUCAAGACCCUUCCCCCUCUGAACUCGACCCCCUGCCCGCCCCUACGACGACGGACGCAGGCAAGGCCCCGCAGGAGGCCCCGCCCGGCGUACACAAACACUUCGAGAUCCUCAAGAGCAUGUUCGCCCCUGACGGCUCUUCUGAAGCCUCGCCGAAGGGGCAGACAACAACAACAACAACAACAACAACCUCGUCGUCAGCGUCGUCUUCUUCUUCUUCGGCACAGACCAGCCCGGAGAGCGGUCCGGCGCCUCCUGAGCCGCCGACGCGCUGCCACACGCCGCCCAUGGCCCUUCAGCCGGAGAUCGACUUGGGCGACAAGACACCCAUCUCCCGGCCUGUCAACCCUGCCGAAUCAGCUGCUACGUGUGCCCCGCAACAGCCGCAGACACCCACGCCGGCGCCUCGAAAAGUACACAGCGUCGACCUCCUGGCCUCCACCUCCACCUCGACGCGAACGACGACGGUGGGGAUGGAGGAGGCUGGCGAGGAGUGCGAGGGGGAGAGCCGGUUGAGCGAGUGGAGCGAGACUGAUGCGGCGUGGACCGAGGCCUUCCGUGUCGACCGCCUCGCCCCAAAGUCCGCGCCCGCCGUGUCCCCCGCUACUCUCGUCCAACAACAUCAGCAGCGUCCUGACCUGCCCCCGUUGGUCAAGGACAAACGGAAAGCUCAUCAGGGAAGGUACUCUAGCUACCAACACCACCUCCAUCACCCUUCGUCCUCCCUGGCUCUGGGCGCUCUUUCGCAGAGACCGAGGAUCGCCGCCGCCAGUCGGAUCGGGAUCAGCGGGAUCAAGGAUUUCUUGAGGGUUCUUAAGGCCCGCGUGCAUGCCGAGGAGAAGUGGCCGAUCAAGCGGACGACGACUCCAGCGACAGGAGCGAGCCAGCCGAUGGCGGCCGCGGCGACUGGAGACGGCGGCGAGGGCCGGUCAACGAGCAGCUCGGUGCGCGCACAGAAGACGACGAAUGCCCAGGCUUCCGGCAAGAAGGCCGGCGGCGGAUCUCUGGUGGUGCGGACGGGGACGACGGGCAGAACCGAGCCGGUGUCGCGGGCCGGGCUGGACAGUCUGGGGCCGCCGCUUGAGCCGGCCGGCCGGGCCGGAGGCGGCGGCGACGGUGCCGAGUCCGUCUCCUCGUCCGAGGAGGAGUGCUGGGACGAGCUCUUCGGGUUCAGCCAGAACAACACCACCACCUCUACGUCCACCUCCGCCUCGCUCGACUUGGCCCUCCCCGCACAGAUGGUCGGCAAGAAGAAACUCGCGCCUUACACCCCCGCCGCUCCCGGCACCGCCGAGCAGCCCCGAUUGGCCCUGUCGUCUGAGAGGAUGCCCCAGCUGCUCUCGUACCUCAACGUGGUCAAGGAGAUGUGUGCGGGAUGCUUGGAGGAGCUCAAGAGCCAGACCGUCUGA